ACAUUGAAAAUUGUGCAGAUUAUAAAUGCAAAAAUCUUAUGAUAUUGCAGAUCAUGCCUCGAUAGCCUAGUGGUAGAGUGUCCGCUUUGAGUGCGGGUGGUCGUGGGUUCAAUCUCCGCCCGCAUCAUACCAAAGACAUGAAAAAUGGUACUAGUAGCUCCCUUGGUUGGCGCUCAGCAUUGAAAAAGGGAAACUGGACUCUUCUCAUACCCUCGUGGUGAUGGAUUUCAUCAGGAAUGAGGUGUCGAAAGUGAUUAAUAUAUGUUGUAGAACUUCUUCACAAUCGACCUAAAAUAAAUUAUGUAAGGAAAAUAGAUUGAAAAUAUAUUAAAUUAAGAGACAGACACACAUGUGUUUCCAUGGCAACCAAGGACUUUGACAGAAUUCUAGGAGCAAACAUUGUAGGAAACCUUGACAUGUGAUUUAUCACUGAGCAAUAAAGUACAAUGGCUAGGUACAGGAAAAACGAAACAGCUGAACAAUCCUCUGAUGAAGAGGAGCUAUUCUCUUACCUGAAAAAGGUACAUACAGUCAAACAAGCAACACAAGAAACUAAAGAAGCAAGUCCUGAUGCAUACACUGAAAAAUCACGUGCUAGUAACCCUGAUGACAUAUGUCAAGUAAGCCAGACUAGUGAGAAUACAACUGAUGUUGUAUUAGAUAAUACUGAUGUAACAUCAGAGAAGGGAAUGCAGAACUCUGAUAAAAGCACUGAUAAAACAUUUGAUGAUAGUGAGACAAACCUGAUAGAUGUAGAACAGCACAUAGCAGCACAAAGUGGUGAAAACAAACAUACUAAUAACACUGAUGAGAACAGUAUUGUAAAACUUGCAAACAGUGAACAUAAUUUUGAACAGCAGAUUGAAAUAAACAGUUGUACAGAAUCAAAAGCUGACGUGAAUAAUUUAGGAAAUUUCACAGAUAGUAGUAGCAUUGAGGUAGUUGAGGAACAAAAAACUGAAUUUAUUAAAACGAAAAACUCAAGUCUGCUGAAAGGGAAAGAUACUAAAGCAGAUGAUGGUAUUGUUAGCAAGCCAAAUCCUGAAAGUUCAAGAGAAAGUGACAAAUAUUAUCUGAUAAAUGAAAAGGACUGGCUUUCUCUAUGUGCAAAGCUGUCAAGUACAGACAAGCAAACAAACUUCAAAGAGCAGCAUGAGGCUAGUAAAACAGAUGCACUACGAGCAGGGAAUUGUGAUAAACAAGAUGUGAGCAGUGCAUCUUCGACAAAGACAAAGCCUCUGUCUGUAAAGGGUAAAAGUAUGUUCAGUGCUUUUAAACAGUACAAUCCAUUUACCAAGACUACAUUGAGGAAAGCAGAUCUUGAACAAAAACCACGCCUGUCUAGCCCGCAUAAAGUGAAUGUGACAACUGAAACUAAGAAACUAAACAUUAAUAGUGAAGGACAAACAAAGUCACCAUUUGGAAAUGAGCUGAACAAGUCAAACAAUGAAAGUAAGACUUCAGAAGAUCCUAAAACAACAGCUUCACCAAAAGUAGAAAUAGUGUAUAUAAGACUUGAAGAUGGACAGAUUAAAUACGAUAUCAACAAAUCUCCUUUAGCAACCACUGCAAGUAUAGAGGAGACAAAUCUUCAAGCUGUUAAGAAACUGGAUUUUUCAGAACACAAGCAGGAACUUGCUUUUGAAAAUAGGACGCAAGGAGAUCAGAGUAGGGCCACACAUAAUCUGCAAAAUUCAUCACAAGAAAAUUAUAACUGGUAUAAUUUCCCAAAUGCAAUUGAAGAAAACUAUGAACAAUCUAAUCCUAAUACAUCGUUUACAAGGGCAGAUAAUACACAUUAUGACACAGGAUUCAAACCUGGCAUGCAAGUUCGUUUUGUUCGAAUUAAUAACAAAUUGACAAGAGUGUAUGAAAAUGUUGAGCGUAAUGUAGUUGAUGAAGUAUUAUAUUCAGAUGAUGAACAUAAUAAAAGUGAUCAUCAGGAACAUUCAAGCUUUGAGCAUUGUGAUAAUGAUCAAGAUGACUCUUUUAAUUUUGAUGACAGUCAGUUAGUUGCAUUUCCAUUGAAUGCAGUUGAUCCUGAAAUGAUUAUUAAAGAUGAUAGUCUUGCUCAACUGACACCUUCUAAAUUGGAAUUUCUUAAUACAUCAGGUAAACAUGAUCCAUUGACUCCCAACAAAUCUGAAUUCCUUACGCCAAGUAAACAAGACCCACUGACACCAAACGAACUUGAAAUGUUUACACCAAGUAAAUUAGAAUUGCUGACUCCAAGCAAACUUGACAUUCUUUCAACAAGUGAGGUAGACAUUAUUAGUGAUGAUACUGAUAUUAAGAAAUUUGAUGAAUAUCUUUCUUCACCAGAUCAGAACACAGCUACAGCAGCCAACCAAGCAGAUGUUCUAAAUGCACAUUUUGAGACAGAGUCCCCAAUAGUUUUGAAAGUUACUAAAUCAGGUGGGCUUGUUCAGUGCAAAAGUACCGAAAGUAGUCCAGAGAGAAAUGUGCAUAAGCAGCAAAACAGCAUAACAACCAAUGAAAAUAAGGCUCAGAGUCAGAAGUCACACAUUCAGAACCUUUGGAAAACAUUCAAACCAGUUCAGAGGAAAAGCAAAGCAAAUAUAAAGCAAAGUCCAUCAAUUAAAAAAAGUGAAGAUGCUGGUUAUGAACAUAUAGAGAACUAUAAUGAUAGAAGUGAGCAGUCCAGUGACGAGGAUGAUUUGACAAAUUACUUUUCUAUGACAAACCAUGCUUCUAAAAAUUCUGCCAAUACUAAGCAGUCUGUUGAUCUCUCAAAAGAGAAAUCAGAAAUACCAAGCUCUUCAGUUUCAAUACAGGCAUCAUUUCCUGACUCUAGUGAUGACUCAAGUGAAAAAGAAGGAAACUUGAAACAGAUAAAGCAGAAAGUUAGAAAAAGAAAAUUCUGUGAAGUUGAAGACAGAAAGAAGAUAAAUUAUAAAACUGUAAAAACGAAAAAUGCUAUAGCUGAAGCUGAGUUAAAGGUACAGUCAGCUGGUAAAAAGAAGAAAGGUAAUAGACAGAUUAUGCAUUUUUACAAGGAUUUUAAUUAUAAACAGGUUGAAUUCAAAGAUUUUGAGCUGGAACAAGCCCAGAAGUCAAAAGCUACUAAUAUGGAUAAGCGGAAAGUUGACUUCCACAUUGAAGGAAACACAGCAUUGGAAAAACAUCCUGACAAUGAGAAAUUAAAAGAACAUGAUGAAGUACAAUCUACUGUGAAAGUGAAAGAAGUAGGAGUAAGAAAGGCGAGAGUAAAUGGUAAUAAAAAAGUGAAACAAAUAAAAGACACUUUAAAAGAGCAAGGGAAAAGUAAGGGUAAUAAGAAAUCAUGUUUAAAGACAGGUCUGGACCAAAAAGAAAGUAAAAUGAUCAAGAAUUCUGUGGAAGAAAAUGAAACUUUCCACAUUGAAGGAAACACAGCAUUGGAAAAACAUCCUGAUAAUGAGAAAUUAAAAGAACUAGACAAAGUACAAUCUACGGUCAAAGUAAAAGAAAUAAAAGUAAGAAAGACGAGAGUAAAUGGUAAUAAAGAAGUGAAACAAAUAAAAGACACUUUAAAAGAGCAAGGGAAAAGUAAGGGUAAUAAGAAGUCAUGUUUAAAAACAGGUCUGGACCAAAAAGAAAGUAAAAUGAUCAAGAAUUCUGUGGAAGAAAAUGAAACUUUCCACAUUGAAGGAAACACAGCAUUGGAAAAACGUCCUGAUAAUGAGAAAUUUAAAGAACUAGACAAAGUACAAUCUACGGUCAAAGUAAAAGUAAGAAAGACGAGAGUAAAUGGUAAUAAAGAAGUGAAACAAAUAAAAGACACUUUAAAAGAGCAAGGGAAAAGUAAGGGUAAUAAGAAGUCAUGUUUAAAGACAGGUCUGGACCAAAAAGAAAGUAAAAUGAUCAAGAACUCUGUGGAAGAAAAUGAAACUGGCAUGAAGCCAGAGUGCAAAGCUGAUGACAACACUGACACAUACUCGAAUGAUGAAAGCCAAAAGAAAAUUGAAUUUCUAGAAAAAUUAUUCCAGAUAAAGUUGAAAGAGGCAGCAACUGACACUACAAACAAGAAAAGAAGUAAGCCAGAACCAUCCUCCAUGAAAACUUUACAUGAGGAAAAUAAUGGAAGUGUUACAGGCAGAAAAUUAAAGAACAGGCGGAAAUCUUCAGGUGCUAAUACUGUACGCGGUAAAGGAAAUAAAGUUUUAGAGUUACCAGUAGCAGAAGAAAGUGUUGAAAAUGGCAAACAAGUAAAUGUUACAAAUGAAAAUAUUCCAGGAGUUAAAAAGGGUAAGAGAAGAAAAGAUGAGAUCUUUGAUAGUGUGGUUUCAAUUGUAAAUAAAGAACAAGAUUUAAAUACAUGUCAGUCAGACAAAACAGCUGCAGGAAGUAGAAUAAAGUACAAAUGUUCUGAAAAAAUAGGAAAAGGUAGGCACAGAGAUGGUCAGAAUACUCCCAAGGUAAAUGUAAAUCUAGAAAUGGAUACAUUGGAUGUCAGAAAAAGUGGUAGCAAUGAAAGAAUUCAAAAAGUUGAUAGGGCAAGUCCUGCAGAAGUAAAGAAGCCAAAAGGUAGGAAAAGAAAACAAAAUAUCACUUUAGGUGAUCAGAUUAAAGGCAGUAAGAAUAAAGCACAGGUAUUGCAAACAAUAUGUAAAUGUGAUUGUUACAAGAUAAAGCAAGCUGGUGCUGGAAGUAAAUCAAAAAAUCGAGGAAAGAUAGCAAAAAGAAAAUCAAAGGUGUCUGCGAAUGCAGAUGAACUUAAAACUGAAAAAUUGAAUAGACAAAUGGAUGAACCUAGUCUGCCAGAGAAUGUUGUUGAAAUGGAAUUCACGAAAUUAAAGAAACCCAGAGGUAGGUCAAAGAUUACAAAGAUCGCUAAAGAAGAAAAAAUAGAAGCAAAAUCAUUGACAAAUAGUGUAAGUGGUCAGCAGGGAUUUGUAGAUAACAUUGAAAUAAGACCAGGUGAUGCAGGUGAAAAGAGCAAAAAGAAACCAAGUGCACAGACAGCAAAAAAUAUUCGUAAAAAAAGACUAUCUGAGAAAACAAAAAUAAGAAACACUAAAAGGAAAAAAAGCAGUUUGAACACAGUAAGUAGUACCGGCAAAUCAGAUUCAGUUCAAAAUGGUGAAUUCCCAUGUGCAAUAGUGAAAGGAAAUACACAAUUAGUGGAUGGAGCAAUAGAAGGCCAACUUGAUAAUACUAUAAAGCAUAUUGAGCCAUCUGAAAGGUCAGUUUUUGUAAAUUGUGAUGAAAAGCUUAGUUCAAGUAUUGAAGAUCUCAGUAGUCAUGAUGGUAUUGUUUCUAUUUUAGCAACAUUUCAGCCAUUGCAAGAAGCUUCAAGUCAAAAACUUGAACAGAAAACAAAGAUAUCAAAAAGAAAGAAAAAAGAAAGUGAUAAACAGAAUGUGGGUAAAAGUAAGAAAAUGAAACAACAAGCAGAGGCUGAUGAUACAUUUUUGAAAGAAACUGAAGAAGAACCAGUAUUGACACAUGAGGGUAAUAUGAGUUACUUAAAAUUGAAACAGUUUAAACAAGAAAGCAUUAGUUAUCUAGAUGAAGAUGAAAGUGAGAUGUCAUUAGACUUGUCUCUUCAACAGACAGAAGCUCAAGAGGUGAAAGGAAGUUCCUCUUCUGAAGACAUUGAUAAAAACGCAAAAAGGACAUCUUUGAAAAGGUCGAGAGACGGAAAAGUACUUGAAAAAAGCAUGUCGAAAAAGGUAGCUAGUCCUAAAAAAUUGAAAUCGACAAGAAAACCUUGCUCAAGCAGGAAAAUAAAAACUGUCACAAAGAGACAAGAAAAAGAAUCUUGGAAAGAUAUGCUCGAUGAUGGAGCAUUUAAAUUAGAUUGUAAUGAAAAGAUGAAUGAGAAACACAAACCAGUAAAUGUAAGACAUAUGAUUAAAGACAUCUUAAAAUCAGUAAAAGGGGCAGAGAAAAUAAGCGACAGACAUGUGAAACACAAGGAAAGAAAAGAUGGAAGUCAUAAACAUUGUAAAUCGAAUGUAGGGAAUACAAAACAAAGAGUGACAUCAGAAAGUGAUGACGCGUGGCUUAGUGAUUCAGGUCCAGGUGUAUCAUUUCCAGCAUUUAAGUUCACAGGAAUGAGUGAUUCAGAAGAAAACAGAGAAUCUAUAAAAUCUCAAACGGUUGAUAAUGGAUUUGAAAUUAGUACAAGUGCAAACAGUAGCGAAUCUGAAUUAGAUAGAAGUGAAAAUGAUAGAGUAACUGAAAUAUCAGAUUCCAAAUUAUUUAAGCAAACAAGUGGUAGAACUGAAAAUAAUUACAUGGAGCUACAUCACUCCCCAUUGAAGGUUUCUAGCUCACUGGGAACAAACAGUGCAUCUUCAGAAAAUUCACAUUUGACAUCACUUGAAACAAAGGAAUUGGUGGAGAAUUCAAAGGGGAGUCCCGAAAUGAAAAAGAAUGUGGAUAAGCUAAGGGCAUUAUUAGAUAAAGUCAGUGAUAAAAGAGUAGUAAAAAAUUUACAGUUUGCAGAUACUGUAAGUUUGUCUGAUACUGAACAUUAGAUGAUGAAUCUCAUUUUUUUACCAGAACCUGUUAAAUUCUAGGCUAUACAUUUUUAUAGUGAUGGGAUACAUGUGGUUCAGUCAGAAUAUUCUACCAUGCUAUAUGCUUAAAUUGAUUAGCCUUGUGUAGAUCUUUAUAAGUAAAUCUUUAUAAAAGAACGUUUUUUAACAAUGUUGCUUUUGUAUGAGGAGUUAUGCAGUUGCCCUUGUCCAGUAAAACUCUAAAUUGUAUUUAAUACAAUCCUUUCUACGUGUAAUGGUUGAUGUAAUAUGGAUCAGAUGACAAGGCUUUGCUGUUGUUGUAUAACAGGUUAUCAGCCUACUUCCUGACAUUGACAGAAAUAUGAAUUUAAAUCUUAGCAAACACAUGUUAUUUACUCAUACUGUGUCUAGAUAGUGAUUUAAAUUGCAUCACUUGAACUAAAUACACCUGAUUACAUUCAAAAUAUUCAUAAUAUAGUUCCACAUUUUGUUUUUGUUCUCUGCGAUAUGCAAGUAGUUAUGCCGUUUUCAGACAAAGCUGUUAAUAUAAUUAUAUUGUUAAUGUGCAAUUUUAGACAGUUUGUACAUAUCUCUGUAUAUACUUGCAUGGUAAAGUGUUAUUCAGUUUUAUGUAAAUGUAAUUUGUUAUGUUUCAUGGGUUAUUCUGUGAAAUGACUUGAAAGCUGUGUAAUUGGAAGAACAUUUAGCGUCUGCAUUAAUUCUUGAUUUAAUGAAGCAAUUACUACUGUUAAAGAUUGCUUUCUGUUAUACACUGAACAGAAGUUAAUUUCUUAUAAAGUUGUUAUAAAUAUGCACAUAUUAUGGUGUGACACAAUGUAGGUCAUAUUAUUGAUGCUAAUCUUCAUGCACUUGCAAUGGGUGUGACACAGUGAAGGUCAUAGUAUCAUUGUUGUUCUCCCCUGCACAUGCUAUUGGUGUGACACAGUGAAGGUCGUAUCAGUGUUAUUCUCACUAGCAUGUGCAUUAUGACAGUGAAGGUCAUAUUAUUAGUUAUUCUCUCCUGCAUAUGCAGUGAAGGGGCCAGUGACGGUCAUAUUAUCAAUUUGUAAUUGUUCCCCGCCUUUUUGGAAUAAAAUGGACUGCAUCCUUCCAUCCAUCCUGCCAUCUGUCUGUCCGUUCAUCUGUCAUACUUCUUGUCUGGUCUGUAACUCAGCAAUCCAUGAAGGGAUUUUUAAAUACAAAUGUUCCACUUAAUGAGACAACUUGUCAUGCACAAGACCUAAACCUUUAGCUGCAAGGUCAAGGUCACGCUUUGAGAUCAGAGGUUAACAGGGUCCUUUUCGUGCCUGGUCUAUAACUGAUCUAUAACUCUGCCAUUCAUGAAGGGAUUUUCAAAUUACUUUGCACAGAUGUUCCCCAUAACAAGGUGACGUGUCAUGCGCAAGACCCAGACUUUAACAUCAAGGUCACAAUAAGAUGUCUAAAGUUAGCAUGGUCUGUUGUCCUGUCUAUAACUCUGCCAUUCAUCAAGGGAUUUUGAAAUUACUUGGCACAAAUGAGACAAUGUGUCAUGCUCAAGACCCAAACCCCUAGCUCCAAGGUCACGGUCACACUUGGAGGUUAUACAUUUAAAGCAUCAGUUUCAUGACCAUUCCAUAACACUUCCAUUCAUCAAGAGAUUUCAAAAUCACUUGGCAGAAAUGUUCCAAAUAACGAGACGAUAUGUCAUGUGCAAGACCAAGGCCCUUGUCUCAAAGGUCAUGGCCACACAGGUAAAAAAUAAUAGAUACCUUUUUUUGGCCUGGUCGCAUGGAUUUGUAUUAAGUAACUUGACACAAGCAGUCACCAUAAGGAAUUGUAAGACUCAGACCUAAAGGUCAAGGUCACCUUUGGAGAUGAAACUUGCUGUUGUUUUUUUGUCUGGUCUGUAACUUUUUUAUACCCUUGUCUCUGAAAGAGCGGGGCAUAUUAUGUGAACACCUGUGGCGGGAGGCGGUCUGUGUCCAAAGCAUGUCUGCUUUCUAAGUCGAACAUCCGAUCUUCACCAAACUUGCUGACAAUAUUUGUGGGGAUAAUAUCUCAGCCAAGUUCGAUAACCGCCCAAAUCAUCCAAGACGCUCUUGGAUUGUGGCCCUUGAAUUACUUGAAUUUAGCCUUGUCUGCUCUCUAAGUCUCAAGGACAUUUUUUAUCUGAUCUUCACCAAACUUGCUGAUUAUGUUUGUAGGCAUAACAUCUUGGCCAAAUUCAAUAACCAGCCAAAUCACCCCAGGCACUCUUGAGUUAUGGCUCUUGAAUUACUCCAAAAUCUGCGAAUUUAGCCUUGUCCUCUAAGUCUAACAGUUUUCAUCGGAACAUCACUAAACUUGCUGACAAUGUUUAUGGGCAUAAUAUCUCGGCCAGAUUCGAUAACCACUCAAAUUGCCCUAGGCACUGUUGAUUUAUGGCCUUGAACUACUCGAAAAAACUGCGAAUUUAGCCUUGUCCACCCUCUUAAGUCAAACAAACAGUUUUUAUCCGACGGGCAUAUUUUUUUUACAGUCUGGCACUCUUGUUAUGCAUGGGUGUAUAUUGUAAAAGUAAAAAAAUAAAAUGAAUAUAUUUAAUUUAGAUUAAAUAACUUUGCAUUAAACAUUCACUAUUAUAAGACAGUGUGCCAUGUUCAAAAAUCAAGGUCACAGGCACCCAAAUUAAUUUAUUUUGUUGUUGGUGGUACAUGAAAUUACUUCACUUUUAUAUGGUAAAGUACAAUAGUUGUGUUUUAUAUCAGUUUUCCCACUGAUUUAAAAAUGAAAUCAUGUUUAAAGUACAAAGCUAUUGACAAUUGAAGACUUCCAGAAUGUAAAUCAGACCUCUUCCAGGGCUGAGCCCGGGGGAGUUGGGGGGAGUCCCCCCAGUUGACUGAGGAGUAACUAUAUAUUCAUCAAAGUUGCACCAAGGUAUUUUGGCAAAGGAAUAACUCUAAAUUCAGACCCACCAUUUCAUACUUAUUUUUCAAACUUUUCUAAGGGGAGACCCUCUGACCCCCUAAAACAAUGGGACCAGUCACAUGCCUGAAAAUUUAGACAAAAAAAUGCUCCAGACCUCUAAGUUCAUACCUAUAUUCAAACAUUUUCCAGGUGGAGACAACCAUGACAUCCUUAAAACGGUGGAUGAACCCUUCCUGUAUCUCAAAAUUAGACAACAAAAAAUUGCACCAAGAGCCAUCAUUUCAAACAUAUAUUUCAAAAUUUCCCAGGGCCCCAUGACCCUCUAAAAUGAUUGAUGAACCCUUUCGCAUACCAAAAAAAAAAAAUGCACCAGAGGCCACCAUUUCAUACCUAUAUUUCAGAAUGUUCAGGUGGUGAAACAAACCUUACCCCUGCUAAAACAAUGGAUGUGCCCCCCUCCUGUACCUCAUAACUAGACAAGAAAAUGCACCAUAAGCCUCAUUUUUAGCUCACCUGAGCAAUGCUCAGGUGAGUUUUUCUGAUCGCUCGAUGUCCGGCGUCUGUCGUCCGUCGUCUGUCGUCCGUCGUCUGUCAACAUUUAGCUUGUGUAUGCGAUAGAGGCUGUAUUUUUCAAUUAAUCUUCAUGAAUAUUGGUCAGAAUGAUAACCUUGAUGAAAUCUAGGCCGAGUUCGAAAAUGGGUCAUCUCGGGUCAAAAACUAGGUCACUAGGUCAAAUCAAAGAAAAACCUUGUGUAUGCGAUAGAGGCUGUAUUUUUCAUUUAAUCUUCAUGAAUAUUGGUCAGAAUGAUAACUUUGAUGAAAUCUAGGCCGAGUUCGAAAAUGGGUCAUCUCGGGUCAAAAACUAGGUCACUAGGUCAAAUCAAAGAAAAACCUUGUGUAUGUGAUAGAGGCGGUAUUUUUCAAUUAAUCUUCAUGAAUAUUGGUCAGAAUGAUAACCUUGAUGAAAUCUAAGCCGAGUUUGAAAAUGGGUCAUCUCGGGUCAAAAACUAGGUCACUAGGUCAAAUCAAAGAAAAACCAUGUGUAUGCGAUAGAGGCUGUAUUUUGCAAUUCUUCUUCAUGAAUAUUGAUCAGAAUGAUAACCUUGAUGAAAUCUAGGCUGAGUUCGAAAAUGGGUCAUCUAGGGUCAAAAACUAGGUCACUAGGUCAAAUCAAAGAAAAACCUUGUGUAUGCGAUAGAGGCUGUAUUUUUCAAUUGAUCUUCAUGAAUUUUGGUCAGAAUGAUUGCCUUGAUGAAAUCUAGGCCGAGUUCGAAAAUGGGUCAUCUCGGGUCAAAAACUAGGUCACUAGGUCAAAUCAAAGAAAAACCUUGUGUAUGCGAUAGAGGCUGUAUUUUUCAAUUGAUCUUCAUGAAUUUUGGUCAGAAUGAUUUCCUUGAUGAAAUCUAGGCCGAGUUUGAAAAUGGGUCAUCUCGGGUCAAAAACUAGGUCACUAGGUCAAAUCAAAGAAAAACCUUGUGUAUGCGAUAGAGGCGGUAUUUUUCAAUUGAUCUUCAUGAAUUUUGGUCAGAAUGAUUACCUUGAUGAAACCUAGGCCGAGUUCGAAAAUGGGUCAUCUGGGGUCAAAAACUAGGUCACUAGGUCAUAUCAUGUAAAAACAUUGUGUAUGCGAUAGAGGCUGUAUUUUUCAAUUGAUCUUCAUGAAUUUUGGUCAGAAUGAUUACCUUGAUGAAAUUAAGACAAAGUUCGAAAAUGGGUCAUCUGGGGUCAAAAACUAGGUCACUAGGUCAAAUCAAAGAAAAACCUUGUGUAUGCAAUAGAGGCUGUAUUUUUCAACUGAUCUUCAUGAAAUUUAGCCAGAAUGAUUACCUUGAUAAAAUCUAGGACGAGUUCAAAAAUGGGUCAUCUGGGGUCAAAAACUAGGUCACUAAGUCAAAUCGAAGAAAAACAUUGUGUAUGCAAUAGAGGAUGUAUUUUUCAAUUGAUCUUCAUGAAAUUUGGUCAGAGUGAUUGCCUUGAUGAAAUCUAGGUCGAUUUUGAAUAUGGGUUAUCUGAGGUCAAAAACUAGGUCACUAGGUCAAAUUAAAGAAAAAUCUUGUGUAUGCGAUAGAGACUGUUUUUUUCAAUUGAUUUUUAUGAAAUUUGGUCAGGUUGAUUGCCUUAAUGAAAUCUAGGUCGAAUUUGAAUAUGGGUCAUCUGAGGUCAAAAACUAGGUCACUUGGUCAAAUCAAAGAAAAAACUUCUGUAUGUGAUAGAGGCUGUAUUUUUCAGUUGAUCUUCAUGAAUUUUGGCCAGAAUGAUUGCCUUGAUAAAAUCUAGGUCGAGUUUGAACAUGGGUCAUCUAGGGUCAAAAACUAGGUCAUAUCUAAGAAAAUGCUUGUUUUAUCGCAAGAGACCAAUUUUUUGGUCCAAUCUUAAUGAAAAUUGGUCAGAAUAUUUGUUUCCAUGAAAUCACUAGGUCAAACAUGUUUUACACUGUUAUGGAGUGUUUCUUAGGUGAGCGACCUAGGGCCAUCUUGGCCCUCUUCUUAUACCUAUAUUUCAGAAUUUCCAAGGGGGAAACCAACCGUACCUCAUCCCAAACAAUGUAUGUAUCCCCUCCUGUACCUCGAAAUUUGACAAGAAAAAUGCGUCAGGGGCCAUCAUUUCAUACCUAUAUUUCAAAAGUUUCAAGGGGGAGAGCCCCUGAUCCCCCUCACAUGAGCGAAGUGCCCACUCCCACACUAUGUGCCUGGCCGAUUAUGCUUUUGUUCUAAACUGGUGCCCCAUCCCCUCAAUCAAAUAUUACUGGAUCCAGACAUGUUAAACACAGACAAAAGUGGUAAUUUUAUGUUAAAUAUAGGUAAAUACAGCAGUAUUAUGAUUGCAGUACAUUAGGUUGAUAAGAAGCGCAGCUCUACAUUGACCAACAUUAAUAAUUGGCUCUCUGUGGUGUGUAAUUUAAAAGUACCACAUUAUUUAAUUACUACCAUAUAAAUAUACUUAUAAAUGUGAUGCAUCUCAUUUGAUUAUUAAUUACCUCUUAUUAAUAUGAUAAAUUAUUUCAUUAUAUUUUAUCUAUUUUUUUCUUACCAAUUUAAAAAUAAAAUCACAUUUAAUUUUUAAAAUACAGAUAUUAGCAUUCAAUGAUAGAUUUUCAGACAUUUUCAAACUAUAUAACUUCUUCAUGAAUUAUAUGAUAUACAGUAUAGUUUAAUACUACAUUGUUAGUAUGUUGCCCUAUUACUUAGAAGAUGUAUCGACAUGCAGUAUGGUUUGUGAUAAAUGUCCCUAGGUGGGGGACGUUGGUUCUUAUUAAUAUUUCAAUUUAUAAUUAAUAUUUCAAUUUAUUGCCACCAUGUUGUCGAGGUGAAUUAGUAGCAGAUAUGCAGUCUGUAGAAUAUCUAGAUUAUUGAUGUUUAGAGGCGUUACUUUUCCACAAGAAUGUUGAAAAAAUUUAUAUCCUGCUUACUGUAAAUAUCAUCGUGCACCUAUUAAUUUGCUUGCCAUUUCAACUUGCUCAUACAUAUUUAUAACAGGAUCAUGAACCAUUUAAGUAUAUUCUUAUGUGCAUUAUUUCUUUAAAGUGUGCUAUACUUUCUUAUAACUAUACGGUUAAUGGCAACAGUUGUUGCCAGUGUUUCCCCCUCUACCAGUACAUCAGUAUACAUUAUGCUGAAUAUGUAAAUUUUGAAGAAAAAACAAUACUUCAUGUAUAUGUCAUUUUGUUGUAGAGAUGUUAUUUAUGAAGGAAUGAUAGAGCAUUAA